AUAAGCCAAAAGUCAAAUACCUACCAAUAAUAGCAAUAACAUCAAUAAUGACCAUUCUGGCGCCAUUUGAAAGGGUCGUUCGCUUUUGUCAACAGAAAAUAACGACUUUUACAAUAGGACAUAAUAUAAAAUUAUAAUAAAGUUGGCGAUCAUUUUCAGGUAGGAGUAUACUUAACCUAUUCAAUUGUUCAGUGUCAGCACGAGAAACAAGUCAUUUUGUGCACUAACGUAUAGCGAUUUUUAAAAUAUUUUGUUUUGUGAUUAUUGGAAAAAGUCAGUUGUAUAAUAUUUUGAAAAAUGAUUUCCAAAACCUUUCGAGCCUUCAUCAUCCUCAUUAUUCUCUCGGAAACCACUUUAGGCCAAAACUAUAAUAUUUUCUUCAAAUUCAUGCCAGCAUUAAAAUACAGCUACCAAUACCGUCAGCAUCCAAAUAGCGUUCUGAAAUAUAAUAAUUUUGUCCCACUGUAUAUAAACAGUGGACCUGAUCCGGUGCAUGAUUACAUGGCCAACCAUUUCCAACCCAGAAUGAUGGUAAAACGAUUUCGAAAUAGAAGAAUGAAACGCGACUUGAAUAAUCAGGAUUUGUUAGAUUCAUUUGGAGGCCAACCAGAAACAGCUACAACCAAAACUGAAAUUAUUACUCCAACUCCAAAAAGUGGAUUUUACUUUUUACUAGAUUGGAACAGUUUUUUGGAGGUGGACAAUUUGAAUGGCAAAAGGGUGAAUGUCAAGAUUCAACCGAAAUUUGGGGAUCCUAAGAGGUUUUUGAAUGUAUCAGUAAAAUAAUUAGUGAUUUGUAUAUUAAAUUCCAUUGAAAAUGUUAGUCUCACUUUUUCCUAACUUUCUUACAGAAUAGCUACAAGAAUUAUUCCAUUUUUCUAUUUUCUUGGGAAAAAC